GUUCUGCGCCAUUUGGAAUCACCAGGAUGUUUAAUUCUGUAUGUACACGUAAUCUUUAAACCCGAGUAUGUUUUCAUGGAUAGAUAUGGCAGCAGUUCGUUCUGUUGUUUUGAUAUUGGUCUUUACUGGAAUUACAGCUGAGAAGAUCGUAUUUGACUCGGAUUCCUUCACUGUUGUCGAUCCAUCCACGAUCAGCAAUGCAGCCGAGUAUGCCGAUCCAGCCGACUGUGGAAGCAAACUAUACAGUAUGGCUGCCGAGAAGGAUAAGAACAUGGCGGUGAGCAUCAGAGUAGCAGACUUUAACAAAGGCUCGUCUGACUACUUCCGGGCACACCCAUCUGUUACUCUGUGUCUACAGAAAGUUUUCUCUAAAGUCUACGAAGUUACAAAGGAAAAGUUGAAGAUUGACAAAGGAUAUGAACCAAUCUCAGUGACAAGCGGUUACACACCGGCCGACAGGAAGAACUACCUUAGCAGCGGUUGUGGGGCCGUUAUUUCUUACAGAGCAUCAGGGGAUAUAAAUGAAAUCACAAAAGCUGCCCUUACUCUAUGUCCCGUCAUAUUUGAGCAAAACCAAAGAGACAUUGGUAUAUAUGUAGACUCAUCCUCGGUUUUCCUCUUCAUGACUGGUGCAAUUACCCCACUGCCUGUAUACCAAGGUGGAGGCCUCACCAAAUCAAGUGCUGAAACUAUGGUCAACGAAGGAUUAGCACCAAAGAAGAUUCCAGAUUGUAGCAAUUUCCCACAGGUGUCUAAUGGGGACCAUUACCCCUCCGGUAAAUCGGACCUCACAUCUGUAGUAGGAGUAGUUGAUGAAGCCGUUACCCCGAGUAUGGACACUGACGUCAGAAGAAUGGCCCAAUACAUUGGGACUGAUGUAGAUUUCACCGGAUGUACGACAUAUCCAGGGAACAGUAUAACCAACAGAUGCCCUGUUCGUGUGAUGAGCCCAAGACUCUACAAUGUUCUCGUUAAUCUAAAAUCCUAUGCGAAGAGUGCUAGCUUAGGAGGAUCAGGUGGUAAGAUUACCGUUGAGGAAGCUUGGAAUGAGGGCACGGAUCCAUCCAGUUUGAGAGCAGAGGGGCGCAUGAUGAAGGUCAAGUUAUCCUCUGGUAACACUGCUGCCAAUCUUGCGAGCCUGGCACAGUUGGCAAUAUGUGCCAAAGCUGAUCACGUGUCAAACAUGGGAAGUCAUAUUCUGGUAUCAUCGAAAAAGCAGAAAGGAAGAGUAGAGGCCACGGUCAAUUUUCCAAAAGCCACCCUGGUAUCUGUUGAACCACCUGCAUCUAAAGCUUCAAUAUACGCCUUGCCAACAGAAAUGAUGGAUGAGGAGGACCAGUAUCCACUUUUCGACUCUAGUGGAAGGUUGAAUCUUCCAAUAAGUCAAGGUGCCACCCUUUCAAAAUUCAUUGCAAAGGAUACUCAAUUUCGGUACUUGCGUCUGGCACCCGCUAUUGCUCAGUGUUAUUUAAAACUGAUAUACAAUGAAAACAAGUGGCUCAAUGCUUCUGAUCCACCAGUGGAUGUUGAGAUAGUACGAGCCUUUAUGACAAACGAGGAACAGAAGUCGUUGAUACAAAGUUCUGACGAACGCUACAACACUCAUACAUUGGGGCAAGCUCUGGAAUUGAGAUAUGCCACAACUGUGGUUAAUAGUACAACAGUUUACAACAACGUAAGAUUAAUCAAAAAGGUUGUGGACAUCUGUGGGCCGGUUUUCAAUACAUACGGUUUUAACAUGAACCUUGGGCUGUAUCCAAAAUCUGUUUUCGUCAGUAUGGACGAGGAUCAGUUUCUCUUUUGGUCCAGCACUGAAUCGUUAAUCCCACAAGGCUUCACUGAGCAAGAAUUCGAUCUUUACUUGGAGGCCAGAAGAGAGGCUGCAUUGCAAUCUCGAAUUGUGGAUCCAGACGAUAUCAGAGAAGCAUGUCUUGACCCGGAUGUUCCUCAAAAACAACACAUCCGGUAUAAAUACAAGGAACCGAAGGUUAUUCAAAGAAAGAGGAGAAGGAGGAGACAGACAGCUGACUCGUGUGUUCCUACCGAAACAACAGACUUCUGCACAUCCACUCUCAAACACAGACAACAGGUAGUGGACGACCUUUGGAAAACGAUGUCUAAAGAUAAACACAUGUACCAUGAACCUGCGACAGAGGCGGAAGACGCCCUGAAAGGCUGUCUCCUGACUUGUGGCACAUGUUUGGAAGGAGCUAUCUAUGAGAAAAAACUGGAGCACUGUAGUAACUUGAUACAUUGGAUGCCAUUCGAUCUGAUGAACGACCAAAAAGAUAUGACCAACUUCUUUGCACGAGACAACAUGGAGACCUUCGCUCUUGCUUGUGAAGGUGGUGGCCAUUGUCUUUUGAGAGCACCUAUUUUCUCUAUCCUUGCCCCCAGUGUAAAACUCCGAUAUCGGCCAGACCCUGAUAGGAGUGUCAUUGAGGACCUGUAUUCAUCCGAGGAGAAUCCCAGUCCUGUCCUCUCACUCCUAGAGGAGCUGUACGCCAUUCACGCUAUAGGAGUCACCAAAUUCUGGGUCAAAGACGAGAAGGAAAUCAGUUCCAUGAAGCUUGCCUUACGGGCGGCACUGAUGUACAACCCUAAUGUCACAGAAGUGCAUAUUCACGUCACUCAGUCCAACAGUAAAUCUCCCGUACAGAGCGAGGUGGAGAAAUUUGUCAAAGAAUUUGCCCAAGGUGGCUGUCCUACAUACACCCGAGAAAUUCUGGCUCCAUUCCGGAUACUAGACCCACCUCAUAGUGUGAGGAAAAGAAGUGCUGCCGCUCUGCGGAAAGAGAGCGAAAGUAUGAUGCGGGCAAGCUUGAACAGGGAACAGGCCGAGUUUGCAAGAGAGUUUCCAUGAAGUGUCCGUUGUGUACAAAAUUCUAAUUCAUUUCGCUUCCUCAAGUUCUUGAAGAAUACAACUUUCUUAUCCAUUCCAACGUUUACAAUAAUAGCAUAAUCACUACCGUAUACUAUAGUACUAAUCGAUACGUUCUGUAACCAGAAAUUGCACACGUAGACAAUAUACACUGGUAACAUAGCAUUUUCUCUCAUCGGGUCCUUCGACAAUCUUUUGUGUUUCCCCUUGUAUUUAUUUUUUAAUCCCUCCAAAUUAAAUCUUACUUUUCACGUGUAUAAUUGUUUUAUGCCAUAUACAUGUAUUCCGUAUUUUUGAAAACCAGAGCUACAUAUUUUGUUUAUUUAAUAAGGAGGCACAGCUCUUCUUAAAAUUUAAUACACGUUCACUUCUUUGUCAUUAAAAAAAAAGACAGGUAAGCCUUUUAUCACAAGUAAUAAAAUUUCACAUUUUCAAAACAAUAAAUAAAUUAUUCUUAUAUACAAUGCCGUAUUUUUUCUAUAAAUAUCCCCUUUGCAUCCAAUCAAGUCAACACAUUUUGACACAUCAAUAUAGAGUAAAAGUUACUCUUUAGGAAACAACCCGAAUACAAUAAUGAUUAAAGGGAACAUCCGUCUACACACAAAUAAGGCCAAAAAUGCGUGUUUGCAAAUAUUACCUACUAUGUACAGAAGGGUUUGCAAGUAACAUUGAAACGACACCACAGAA